AUGUCCGAGAACUCGCCUGCCGACAAGACACCCCGCCCAAGAGGGUUUUCAGCAUCCAUGACCCCCGCCAAUAGUGUCGUCUUCGCGUCUCGUCGUGCCAAUGGGAGAGGCCGUCUACAUGGCAGAGGAGCAGCGGGCUGCCCGCCGGGUCACGUCGCCAUGCUGAUGGGCAGCCACAUCGUCUCCUUCGUCUUCGACACGACGCAGCCGGCGCCCAACUUCCUCGUGGAGCAGUUCUCGCGCGGCGACGGCUUUUGGGCCGAGCAGUGCUGGCAGUACCAUCUCAUCGUCCUUAUGUGA